AGAACGAGAACACUUUAUACUAAUUUAUGUGGAUUCGAAUUUUAAUUAAAAGAAGAGAGUUUGAGAUAAGGGGGAUAGUCAAAAGAAUGAGAUGCAUUUUUACUUUUAUCUUACAUCUAUAUUAAUGUAUUUUUAAAAAAAUUACCAUUUAAUCUUUAUAAUAAAAAAAAUUAUUCAAAGUGAAGCAGCAAGUUGAGAAAGACAAAAAAAAAAAUGGUUUGAAUAUUGGAGUUUGUGCAAGAAGAAAUCUUGCAUUGGUUUCCUCGACCACAAACUUAUGUGGUAAAAGGGGUCACACUCCAUGUUUAAUUGUUGUCUUUAUUCCUGACUUUUCCAAAGAAGGAUUUGGGAAGAAUGGCAGAGCUUGAUAUCGUUGCUUUUUGUUAUUCUUUUGUUGGACAUGAUUGGGACAAUAAUGUACUUUGCAAUAGAUUGGUGUUUAUUAGGUUUAUUGCUCAGAUUGACCUUUAUUGCAUGUCACUCGUCUUUUCCGGUCAUGAAAGAGUCAUUCAUUUUCUUGAUAUCAAGUUUUCUUCUGAAUCGCAGUACUAAUUCCACUUUGUUGUGGGCGGGAUAUGUCAGCAUCCUCUUCCUCAAUCCAGAGAUCACUACUGCUGCUUUCUUGGCCUCAAGUGGUAGUAGCAUUACAAAUGACUCUUUUCAACAAGUUAGGGUUUCUUGGAUCCAUGGACUAGACCUCAGUGUAGGUUUUAGGUUAUGGCUUUCUGUUUACUUAUUUUACUUUCUUGGGCCAAGAAACCUUUUAUUAAUGGACAAAUAUAUAUAUAUAGAUUGUUGGGUACUCCAAUGCCGUGUGAAAUUGAGAUUUGGGAACUCUCAAAAGAAUACCCAAUCUGAAUAUCUAACUCUCAGGCUUAGAGAGUGAGGUGCUUUCGGCCCUUUUCCAACAAUCCUUUCGCUGGCUAAAACUUGGCGGAUGGAAUUAAAAAUUUGAUAAAUUAAGUCUGGCUUUUGGAAAAGUUUAAAGUAAUUUUACCUAAGAUGCUGUUUUUUUAAUGAUUAUUGAAUAGUUUUAUGAUUUUUUG